GUAGUCGUGGUGUUGGUGAAUCGCUUGUGUUGCGCCUCUCGCUUAUCUGGUGACUCGGUUGUCGGAGCAACAAGAGCGUCCAAACAAUCGCGGGUUCGUCUUCGCCUGCAACACGCCGACAAUCCUGGCCGGCUCGACAAUGGCGCAAGCCUCCUUGCAUCCUGGGAGAGUCGUCGAUUGGGCGCCAUAGAAUCAGGGAUCUGACCUGUUUGACCAUCUGCCCUUGUCCGGCAACCACGAGACCCUUGAGACCAAAUCUGACCUGCAGCGUGGCUGGAGAUAGUCUGCAUCUGUUUACACCCGCGCCGACGACUCUCGUUUAACUUCGCCCCACGAUAACUGAUUGCGACUGCAUGGCCAACCUCCCCGAUCGUUUACUAGGUGCUUGUCGAAAUACCCCUCGGACUCUAUAACGGCUGUCACUCCCUUGGUCAGGGACUGGGUUCGACAGAAAGAAAAAAAGGUCAAUUUCGAUCGCGAGCACGGAAGGCCGCAGAUGGGUUGAUUCACCACCACACAGUCCAAUUCCAAAACCCGAACAAAGAUGACCUGAAACCAAGCCUUGCGAGACAUGUUGCGACAACUUUCCCUCCCCUCCCUCAUUUCCGCCGGUAUUGUGGCAUUGGUUACACCUGUGCUUGCGCUACUGCCAUACAAUCCGACGCGCAUCGUUCCGGCGAAAGAUGGCUCGGUGGCCUACCUAUUCAGCCCGCAACCUUCGUCCACCCAGUUCUCCUUGUAUGCGCUCAACACAUCGGACAAUGUGACAGCCACGUCUUCCAAGACCCCAAUAUCCGAUACGCUCCCGUUCCUCUCUAAGACCGAGUCGAGGGCGUUCAUAACGAUUUCCGGCGAUGAAGGGAUCACCGUCCUGGCGGGCAACUGCCAGGAUCCUCAGAAAGAUCCACAACUGUGGAAGUUCGUCCCCAGUCAAGAAGAAAACAACGGCACUUGGUCACAAUUGGAACUGACGGCCGGCGACGGCUCCCUCGGCUGCAACUAUCUGUCUGCUGGGUUUGCGUUUUCACCUACCGCCUCGAUUGGAGAUGCUGCACUGUACGUCUUUGGUGGAAUGUGUCCCAACAGCACAACUACAGACACGGCCUCCUGGAUCUCCAAUGCGAACUUUUCAAACACGAUGCUCACCUUCGCUCCGGAGUCAUCGUCAAGCAAUAGCUCCCCUUACCAAUUAUCGCUGACCGGAGCGCGAGCCCCUCCGAUUGCAGAAGCAGGACUGACCAUCACACCCUUGACCCCCACGUUCUCGAACACUUCCCAUACCAAUGUGUCGCAACAACAGAACUUUGUCCUCUUGGGUGGCCAUACUCAGACCGCAUUUAUCAAUAUGUCGCAGCUGGCAAUAUUCUCACUGCCACAAGAGUCUUGGGCUUUCGUUGCGGUUUCACAGCCAGCAAGCUCUGGCACCGGAAAGCUGAGGACAAGAGAUACGUCGGAAGUCGAGCCUCGAUCAGGACAUACAGCGAUCUUGACCGAGGACGGCUCUCGCAUUGUGGUAUUUGGCGGUUGGGUCGGGGAUGUCAACACUCCAGCACAGCCUCAGUUGGCCAUACUUGAGGUUGGUCAGGGAUAUGGUGGACAGGCAGACUGGUCAUGGACGAUCCCAACCUCAACCUCCAACCCCUUCCCGUCUGACUCCGGCUCUGGUAUCUACGGUCACGGAGUGGCUAUGCUCCCGGGAGGUAUAAUGAUGGUGAGCGGGGGCUACACCAUCGGUACAACUGCUACAAAGGCCCGGCGCCAAGUGUCUUCUGAUACUCUCCUGUUCUUGAACACGACCAGUCUCGAAUGGGCCAGCACCUACACAAAUCCUUAUCCGUCAGGCUUACCUCAAGCCUCGUCGUCUGCAGAUUCGUCGACUACGGGCCUCAAACCGUCCGAAAGGGCGGGCCUGGGAGCUGGUCUAGGUCUAGGUCUGGCGGCAGCAGCUGGCGUGGCAAUUGUAUGGCUACUAUACUCCCGCAAACUUCGGGAAAGGCGCGCUCUCCGCGAGAAGGAGAUCAGAGAGCUUGCACUUGGUGCUGAACGCUUUCGCUCACCCACACCUGCUGGCCAAGUCAGUGAAAAGACCGAUACAAUGAGGAGCGCCAGCUGGGGUGGCAUUCAGGAACGUCAGCUCGAGAGUUCCGGUGAUCCAUUUCCGUGGGCACCAAUGGCUCUAGCAGACAACAACGGAAAAGUGCGUUUGGCUGUUGGGGCUGGUGGAGACAGCAAUGACUCCCGAUAUGCUGAGCGUACCGGGGUUCUAAUGGAAAUACCAAGUCCUACCCAAGGACUCAGAAAGAAUCUGAUAUCCAAGGCACCAAUUGCGCCCGGACCGUUUAACCAACACCCUCCCAGUACUAUGGGCCCAGGUGCCGUGUUUCGCAUUGACGAAGAAGAGGAAGGCAGUCAAGCCGGGUCAUCGAGAAGGGUCAGGCCAUCUCAGAAUAUGGCUGACACCAGCUCGAUGGCAAGCGACCCAUUCAAGGACCCGUCUCCAAUGAUGGAGACAUCAAUGCCAAAUGACGCCGCAACACAACGCAAGAAAGAAGUCGAAGGCUGGGUCGAGGACUGGCAAUCAGCUGCCGAGACCAUGAGUUUGUCACGCAGCACGAGUCAAGGAUACAGCCGAACGUAUUCCAAUCUUUCCCAGUUCCGGCCGGCUGGAAGCGGCGGCCCAGGACGAGGGUCGCGCGAGAAAUCGGAUCGGACUGGUAGCAAUCUUUCAGACAACAGUAUGACGACGAGCUCCUCUUCGAUGCAGAAGUCUGCCGCCGGCACGCUGUCGCGCAAUAUAUCUCAGAGGAGUGCUAGCGUAGGCUAUACAGGAUAUUCACUCUUUUCCGGGGCCGCGGCUGCCAUGAGCCGGUUUGGAAAUAUGAACGCCAGCAACACUGGUCCUACUAGAACGCCCUCUAACCGCAGUGUUUCCCUCAACAUUGACACAUCUAGACGGAUGAAUCCGGACAACACAUUCUCGUCAGCUCGCAGUGCCUGGGGUCGCACGACCACCAUCGGGGAAGAUCAAGCGCUCCUCAAUCGAGCUCGUCAACGUCAAGAAAACCGCGCCCGGGAUUACAACACGCUGGCUGACAGUUCUCCCAGCAAGGAUAAAUACGCGCGAGCUGGUAGCCUUACCGCAGGGUCAGGCCGGAGAGCAUUGAACCUCCUUGGCAGCAUGAAGAGAGUGUUUACUGGAAGUGGACCUGGACCUGGUGACGUCCACCACGACCGGUUCGAAGCAGCCCAAAGUAGCAGCCAAUCUAGCCCGACGAAACACUCGGCGCAGCAUGCAGACAUGUUGGCAACAGAUGCGGGCCUCAACCGAGCCGUGAGCGCAGGUGCAUCAUUUUGGCAGAGGAAACGUGGAGCCAAGGACUGGGAUGAUGAUGACGAAGGAGGAAACGCCUCCUCCUCGGCGGCAGCAGUACGAAGAAAACCCGUGCCCGGCGGAACAGGCGGGAAGCACAAUUCUUCGUUAGAGGACGAGGAAGAUGAUGAUGACUGGGAUGUGGAGACGGCCGUGCAAAAGCGCGUCGUUCAGGUCAUGUUCACGGUGCCGAAAGAAAAGCUGCGCGUGGUCAAUGCCGAUGCGUUGAGUUUGCUGAGUAGUAAUCGAAGCGAGGCGGAUCAGGAAGAAGAUUGGCAUAGGCAAGGGGAUCAGGUUAAGAGGAUGAGUAGUGUCAAGGAAGGGGAUGAGAGUCAUGAUCAUGAUAACAAGGGCGACAACCGCGACCGCGACCACCAGGCUGACAACGACGAUACGACCACGGACAAGGGCAAAGGCAAAGAGCGAGAGGGUUGAAAACAGACUCGGAGUGGACUACUACUGUACGUUGGUAGGUAGGACAGGAGCUAACCAUCGUAGACGGUGCUGUUUUUUGGACAUCACGGCCGUGGCAUAUAGCAUUGGGGUCCAUGCAUGGCAUGGCAUGGGCUUGGGAUGGGGGCAUGGCGAGGCUGAACCCCUGGAAACGUUAUUUCUUCCAUGUCGGUCAUGGUGUGUUUAUAUGUGAAGAUACAGUCGGAUCUCGCGGUCAAUGCGGGAAAAGGGGGUGAUCUUUGGGCUGUUCUGCUUGGAUGCUGAUUACCCUGGGCACUGGGUAUCUAUUGGUAUCUACCUAGGUACUGAUAGAAACUGCUAGGUAGUGAGGCAACGUUGUUCUAAUUGUUGUAUACCUACACACAGUGGUCAUAAACAACAGUCCAGACGCGUCAACGCGUAUCGCAUCAUCAACAUCAUCAUCAU